CUCUUCAAUGGCUUCUUCAAUUUUUCUCGCUUCAACUAUUACGACUCCUCCUCCUUCCUUGUCAGCCAUAAAACAUAGCCAAACUCACCUCCCCUCUUUUCUCCAAAACUUUCCCGGUAAAGUGACAGAAAAUAAAGACAGUUUCAGAUAAGUUGCAUAAAAGUGACAAGAAAAAUCUUUAGCGUGACUUUUUCUUCUUUUAAUUUUUUUAUUCUUCUUCUAAUUUUAGAUGGAUUUAGCUCUCAAUGCAUCACUUAUCGCAAUUUCUCACUCGUAACAAGAAAACCAGCUCGAUGGAUCCGAAAAAUCGAAGGAGGCCCAGGCUAGAGAGACGUAAUGCGUUGAGGCACGUUGAGUACGAUGCUACUUCGUCAUCUUCAUCUCUAGACGAUUUGUCGUCGUCUUUACUUAGUCAAUCACUUGAUUUACCGGAUCGGACCAGCUUUCGAAUCGAAGGAACCGAAGGUGAGUUCGAUCGCAUUUUUCGCAGCUUAGGCCUCUCUGGUCCCGAGGAUUUCUCGAUUCCGGAGGCGGCUUGGGAAGCUAUGAAGGUCCGCUCCGCUUCCGAUAUUUUGCCCCGGUCCAGAUUGUUCGGGUCGGACAGUCCGAAAGCAGCUGAAGAAGCUAAAGUGGUAGUUGAAGGGACCAAGAGUGAACUGCAUGCUAGGGUUUUGAAUAGUGUUAGAGUUAGGGAUUCUUCUACCCAGUCGACUCAAAACGAGCCAGCUGAGUUGAACAAGUUUCGUGAUGUUGAUAAUCGUUGUCUGCCAGGUGGAAUUAAAGGGCUUAGGCCGCCGCUACUGAAGCCGCCACCGUCGAUGACAUUACCUGUGAUUGAUAAAGAGUGUUCAACUUGGGAUUUAUUUAGGGAUUUUGCACCUGAAAAUGAUAGAGUGGUUAAUAAUAACAUAGAAUCAACUUAUGAUGAUGGUGAAGAAGAAAAGGAAGAAAGAAGAGAGCAAGUGAUUAAUGCAGAUGUUGAUAACAAGAGAGAAGAAGAAGAGAAUUUGUUGAGGAUAGGUGAAACUGUGGUUUUAUCAGAGUCGUGUUCGUUUUCCACGUCUAAUGAUGAUGAUUCAUCUAGCAGUACAACAGAACCCAUGUCGAAUAUUUCCCCCAAUGGGAGGUUUAGAAGGGCUAUUACCUAUUGGGAAAAGGGUGAGCUACUCGGACGUGGCUCAUUUGGAUCGGUUUAUGAAGGAAUCUCUGACGAUGGAUUCUUUUUUGCUGUUAAGGAGGUUUCACUGCUUGAUCAAGGAAGUAAGGGGAAACAAAGUAUUUAUCAACUUGAGCAGGAGAUUGCUCUUUUAAGUAGGUUUGAACAUGAAAACAUUGUUCAAUAUUACGGCACAGAUAAGGAUGAAUCAAAACUGUAUAUCUUUCUCGAACUUGUCACUAAAGGCUCCCUUCAAAAACUCUAUCAGAGAUAUAAUCUUCGAGAUUCCCAAGUUUCUUCGUACACAAGACAGAUUUUGCAUGGUUUGAAGUAUCUUCAUGAUCAGAAUGUGGUCCACAGGGAUAUAAAAUGUGCAAAUUUAUUGGUGGAUGCAAAUGGCUCUGUAAAACUUGCAGAUUUUGGUUUGGCCAAGGCAACAAAACUGAAUGAUGUUAAAUCUUGCAAGGGGACUGCAUUCUGGAUGGCUCCCGAGGUUGUCAAUAACAAAAACCAAGGAUAUGGGCUUCCAGCUGAUAUAUGGAGUCUGGGAUGCACUGUGUUGGAGAUGUUAACCCGUCAGAUUCCAUAUUCUGAAUUGGAAUCCAUGCAGGCAUUAUUUAGGAUUGGCAGAGGUGUUCCACCACUUGUUCCUGAUUCUCUCUCAAAUGAUGCACGGGAUUUUAUCCUUCAAUGCAUACAAGUUAAUCCAAAUGACCGGCCUACUGCUGCUGUGCUCUUAGAUCAUCCAUUUGUGAAGAAACUUCUUCCAACAUCUUCGGGCUCAGCAUCUCCCUAUAUUGGCCGCCGAUCAUAGCAGUUUUUGGUUCAUUUUGAUUCUGAGAGAUGCUUAUAUCCAGGAUGAAGCAAAUGGGAUCUUUAUUUCACAUUGCGUACUCAAAAGUUGGAUGACAUAUUCAGGGACACUGUUUGACCUGCAGCAACCAUCAAUUCAGAACUUGUAGACCAAAAGCCUGCAUGCUUGUUGUCACAGAAUUGAAUUUGAAGCAUUGGGCGGGAUCUGGGCAUGGAUUUUUACGGUCAUGGUAUGAACACAGCAAUCCUCAGAUUCCCUGCCCUGAAGAUUCAGCAUCACAGAGCGAACAGCUUGGAUUGCUAUUUUGUUAUUGUCUGUUGUGGAGAAAAUAAAUUCCUGAUGUCAACUUGUUCAACAUUGUAAGUAUUUGCCUCCGUUUAUAUUUUCUCAGGGAGGGUUGUAACUUGUUAUUUUGUGAGAGCAAUUGCUGUGAGAAUAGGGAAGGGUGCAGUCUUUGUACAUAUCCAUCAUUAUUGUAGCAAAUGUGAGUAUCAUUUUAUUCUUGCC